AUGGCUAGAAAAGAAGAUAUUAGUAAUAGAUAUAUUUCUUCUGCAUUGCAUGGAAAUAUUGAUAAUGGAUUAUCAAGAAUGUUGGGAGAUGACAAAAAGAUAGGUUCUUUACACCCACAGUUUUGUGGAGAGUGUGGACAGCAAUGUAAGAUUGCCUAUCCCGACCCCAAAGAUAGCUCGAUCAUCUACUGUCGUGAGCACUAUGAGAGUUUGGUAGCACCUAUAUGUGAGGGUUGCAAUCGUGGUGUCGUUGGUGAAGUUACCGUUGUCAACGGUAAGAACUAUCAUCCUGCCUGCUCGAAUGAGGAUCAUACAUGCGGACGAUGUAGUAAGCCCGUCAUUGGAAACUCAUUGGUUGCGCUCAACAAACAUUGGCAUUCGAAAUGCUUCACCUGCACACAGUGUGGAUUGCAACUGGGUGAUACUUAUAUCGAUAGAAACGGCAGUCCUUUCUGUCAUCGUUGUAACACUGAGUUGCAGAAGAACGGUGUGGUCUCCACUGGUGGCGGUGCAGCCACUACCAAUGCCAAUGCAAAGGCGAAUCAAGAGACGUUGGAACGAAACAAAGUCAAAACAGACCUAUUCGAUAACGUACAGAAAGGAAAGGAGGCAUGUCAGUGGUGUAGAAAGAUCAUUGGACCAGUUCAAGCUGUGCAAUUCAACGGUGGAGGAUCGGCACUAUGUCAGAAUUGUGGAAAGACACCAUCUACAAUCUGUCAUGAUUGUAAAAACCCGAUUGAAUCAACUUAUACUGUAGCACAGGGUAAUAAAUAUCAUCCACAAUGUCUUGUUUGUCGCGGAUGUAGAAAAUCAUUGGAGAAAGGAUACAUGGAGAGUGGAGGAAAUAUCUAUUGUGGUGUUUGUGGAAAGACAGAAGCUACAAAGACAGCUACAAAUAAAACUGUAUUAACAGGUGGUAGAACUAAAGGUUUUACAAUUGAUCCACGUUCAGGUAAAAAGACAUUCCACUAA